AUGGCUCAUAAACGACGUUCUCUCUCGUCACGAAGUAUUCCAACUCCUGCUACAACUACUGCAAUUCUUCCAUCAUUUGAUGAUGAUUUCGAUGAAGAUCAAGCUGAAAGCGAAAACAUAUCAAGUGUAUUACCUGAAGCAAUGGACGACGGUUCGAACUCAAAUAUUACUACCGCAGUAGUUCCAGAAGACCGUAGUAUUAAUACAGCAAAUAAAAGUGACGAUACAAAUCUGCGGUCCAAUGUUUGGGCUUAUGCGAAAAAGAUUUCCAAGGAAAAAGCUUUAUGCGCGUGCAAAAUUUACAUAAAAACGCCAAAUGGCUCUACUUCAACACUGCGAAAACAUCUGAUACAAAAACAUAAUUUAAUUCAUUUACAGCCACCAUCGAAUCCACGUACUCGUACAAAUAGUUCAAUCUCGCGCGAUAAAAAGAAUCGCCUUGAUCAUUUGGCUUACAUGGCAAUUUUCGAAGAUGGAAGAACAUUUGGUGACUUACGAAAAAAUGGAAUGUCAAAAUUUUUGAACGAAGCCGUGUCAGAAAAUGCAAAUGAUGAAGCACAUGAUGACGACGAUGAUGAAGAAAAUCGAGAUUUAGUCACGGACUCAUGGGAUCAAGAAGUGAAUACCGGUGAUAACAGCGACAUGAGUACCGACGUUAAUGAUGAAGACAGGCAUGUUGCUAUAAUUAAAAUGAAAUUAGCUGCGGCAAUUCAAAAAGGUCGUUCUUUAAUUAAACUAGUCAAGCGCUCGCAAAUCAUCACAAUGUUUAUUGAUAACGAAAAGAAAUUGGCUAAGAUAAAGCGUCGCUUAUAUAUCGACUGUAUGACUCGUUGGAAUUCGACUCUUGUAGCAUUACAAUCUUUAGUGGAUCAUAAACCAGUUUUAAUUAGUUUAUUUGAAACAAAGGACAACUACCACUUACUUCCAAGCAAAAAGAAAAACUGGGUUUAUUGGAAUUAUCGAGCGAUGACUACACGAUCUUUAACAUAUUGA